AUGGGUACCGACGCCUCAGGACCACCGACCGAGUUGGACUAUCGGCCGACGACGAAACGCGGAAAUCUAUGGUCCCCGGCACCAAAGAACCCCAAGAUCGCUAAGCUCAAGCUAAAGCACACGAAGACGGAGAAGCCAGCGGACACCAAGUCGGUGGGUCCUACCUAA